GAAUAAAUACACACCUCCUCUCGCUGCACUCUCAGUGAUCACUGCCUUUCCUCACCCUCUCUCUUCCUCACCCUCUCUCUCUCUCUCUCUCUCUCUCCUUCUUCAUCAUUCCUUUUCUCCUGCACCUCUCUUUUCCUCUCCUCAACUCAACUGAGUAGCCAACAUUUCUGGACCUCCAGCGCCCGGUAUGAACUUGGGCCAGUCGCGCAUGGAGAUGGCUAAGGAUGUCAAAGACGAGGACAAACUCUACAAGUUCGAAGGGGUGAUCUACUCCUCCAUCAUGAGCCCGGCCGAGAACCUGGAGGGCGCUAAGACCAUGGAGGCGCGGGCUGACGACGUGAUGCUGGUGGCCUAUCCCAAGUGUGGAUUCAACUGGAUGGUGGCUGUGCUGCGUAAAAUGAUGGCCGCGGCCAGCGGGAAGAAAGAAACCCCUGACAUGCCACCACUGAUCGAGUUCUUCUCUCCAGACACACAGAAGCUCAUAGCUCAGCGGCCGUCUCCGCGGUUUCUGGGGACUCACCUGCACCCCGUCAACAUCCCCGUUUCUUUUAAAGAGAAGAAGACCAAGAUGCUGGUGGUGUGGAGGAACCCCAAGGACACUGUUGUCUCCUACUUCCACUUCAUGAACAAGAACCCAUUGCUGCCCAGCGUGGAGUGGGAUCAGUUCUUCUCAGACUUCAUGAGCGGAGAAGUGGUUUGGGGUUCAUAUUUUGACCAUGCUGUUGCCUGGGAUAAGCUCAUGGACGAUCCAAAUGUGAAGAUUAUAACUUACGAGGACCUCAAACAGGACCUGAGUGAGGGCAUCAGGCAGAUCUCCCAGUUCUUUGGCUUCCCCCUUACUGAAGAGCAGGUCCAGACCAUCUACUCAGAGACAACCUUCAGCGCUAUGAAGGAAAGUGGUUCUCAUGGCAAACUGGGCAGCGUCUUCUUCAGGAAAGGUGAGGUGGGCGACUGGAGGAAUCACUUCAGUGAGGCCCAGAGCCAACAGAUGGACGAGGAGUUCAGCAAGAGACUAGCAGGAACCAAACUGGGGGCCCUGCUCCAAUACGACACCUACUGCAAGUAGGGAG